AUGAACAUGGACAGUGCAGGUCCCACCAUCAUGAUCCGCGCUGCAACCGGCAAUUCGGCGCUACCUCUUUCACCCAAUCCCUCAUCAGAGCACGGAAGCGCUUCCGCCUUUGGCUGGGAGCACGACCGUCGUGGAAGCAGAGGCGGAGCUGGCUUGGGGUCAGCGAUGGGCAGCAGGACAGGUGCUUCACAUCAGCCGCAACCGCUCGCGAUGCCUAGCGGACAGCAUCUCAUCAAGACCAACGCGCCCAAUCCCAACCGCAUGGCCGCUCGGGAAAAGCUUGCCAAGUGGGGCUUGCUGCCUCUCGUUGUGUUCGCGCUGGAGGUAUACAGGACGUUGAAAGCGCUCAGCAGAGAGGUGUUCGUUCCGCUGUUUUCGGCUGGCAUCCAUCUCAUUCUGGGCGCUGUAGCGCUUGUGCCGAAACAAGACGCCAGCCAGUCAUUGCGUCCUUCAGGAUCAGGCCCAGGCAAGGCGGCGCAGAAGGCUGCCCAGGAUGCAGCUCCAAGCUCUGAGACAUGGAAGCACACCCUCGCCACGUCCUUCCUGCUCUCUCGCCAGCUCACCAUCUCCGCAUAUCCCAACCCACAUCCAACCAAGCAGACAGCCUCACCGAGCGCGCUUGCGAAGCUCGUACCCAAGACUCAGCGAUGGCGCAGACCCCUCUUGGUACCUAGACGUACAUCGGCUUUACCUGCGCUUAGCAAGGCCGGUCGAAUGAUCAGAACCGGAACCACUGUUGGAGUCCUGGCGCUGCUGGUGAUGCUCUCUUGGCGCUCGUGGCUACGCUUCACCUCUGCGGCGAUCUGUUGCGCGUGGGCAAUGCUCUUCAGAGCUCCGGAGCUGUGGCACUCGCUGCGUGACUGGGAUGCUUCGAGCGCGGAGCAGAAUGCGGGAUCUACCAGCCAGCAUGCCGACGACUUUGUGCAGGCUGCCUACAAUUUCGAUCGGAGCAUUAAUCGGGCACUCAGCGCGGUGCAGGAGGUCGAGUUGGUGGCGCGGGGAUACAAGCUCUCCUCUUCCACGGGCAACAAUUUGUCCCGCACCGGCUCUUUGCGCAAGGGACAAGAGUCGUCAGGUGCUCCGCAGAAUCUUCGUCUCUCGCAUUUACGUCAAGACGUGGCGACGGCGCUUGACAAUGUCUGGCGAGCGUGCAUGCAGACGUCCAGCGAACUGUCGCCUUUGGUUGACCAGCAGGAAUUAGCUGUUCUUCGUCACAUGUACUCCUUGAAUGAGGGGUCUGAAGAUGGCUUGGACGUUUCUUCCCACAAUUUAGCAUCCUCAUUCGAUUCUCCGUUUGGACGUACGCACAGCAUCGACGUGCACGCUGCGAACGCAGAUGGCAGAUCGCCCCAAAUGUUGGCGCACUCUGCACCGGUGGGAUCGCGAUCACGCCCGCUGUCCCUCAGCAUGACUUCACCGAUCCGAAGCUCAGCGAGAAACUCGAUCCUAGACCCUUCCAUAUUCAGCACGCUGAAUACACCCGCAUCUGCUUCAGCAUCUACAUCGACAUUUGAGGAGACAUCUUCACAAGGCCCCAGUGUAACGCCCACUGGCCACAAGAGGCUGUCCCUUCUCUCUGAUGGAGGCACGUCAAGCCUUGGGCGCCAAUCGAGUCUGCGGCGCGGUCUGCCACGUUCGCGCGGCUCAGACACUGAUCACUCGGCCACAUCUCCAGUGACCGGCAGGCCCACUUCGAGACUGGCGUACGUGAGCGAGAAAGGCGACGAUGAUGCGCCUAGCGCCGUAGAAACUGCAGCUUUAAAGCGUCUGAGCUACAACAGUACGACAUCAGCGUCGACGUCGACUUCACCUUCCUUGGGAGUUCCAAAUAGUACCGAAUCGGGUGCGCCUGGCCACUCUGCUCCCCCUGUCAGUCAGUCGGCGAGCUGGACGCCGGCAACAGGCAGUCGGCCGACGAGCACUACGCUGACCACCACGAGCAACGGCGAAAGCCCCUUGAAGCGCGCUGGCUCUCCUGAACCAGGACGUGUCUCUGUCAGCAAUCCUCCCGAUUCUCGCAGGCUAUCGGGCAACCAAUGGGCGAACAUGUCGGGCUUCUCUCACCUGAGUAGUGCAGCUAGUGCACAGCAUCAAGCUCCAUCCUCCAAUCUGCACUUGGCUGAAAUGAAGGGCGCCUUCGAGCACAUGCAUUACACUCGAAAGUUGACUAUCUCACACCUUCUUUCACUACGCAGCGGUGCCGAAACGGGCCACCCUCGCUCCAAGCACGUCGGCGACAGCUCGGACGCCCAAGCGCAAGACCCUUGGUCUCUCGCUGAACCGAUUGUCGGUCGAUUGUGCGCCGAGAUGCGAUUCCAACAGGAGCGCAUUGAUCUCGCCGUCCGCGAUGCCAUGAUCGGCUCGACGACCCCGAAUUCCAGAGGAGGCUCAAGAGGUCAGACAGAAGGAACAGCGCAAUCCAGUGGAGAUCACACUGGUUUCGAGGACCGCAGUAAUGCUUUCGGGCUCUUGCUACGCACGCUGCAGGUCAAGCUCAGAGCAGCUGCAGGCGAGGUUGAAGUUGGCGCUCCAACGCAAUUGCAUGGUGUGGAAUCUGCAUCCAGCGACGAGAUUACGCAAUCGCCCCUCUCGGGCAUGCAAAACGCCAGUCUCACCCAGGUAGAAGCUGCAACCAGGCUUUUUGAAGGCAUGAGAGAUGAUCUUCUCGCGCUCUCAGCAGAGUGGGAGUCUGGUCUGAAGAUUUUGCGAGCGGAGCAACGACGCAGGCAACAGGUCAGCAGCGAAGAGGCAAGCCAGGAGAACAAAGCGCCCACGGAAGCUUCUGCAGCGCAGUCAGCCAGCUCCAAGCUGGACUCUCCGCAAGAGGCAGACGAAGAUGAGUUGGAAACCGAUCUAGUGGCACAGGCACGGAGAUAUGCCGACUGGUCCUGA